AUACUCCUGAGCAGAAGGUGGCGGUAAUGCAAAACUCUCAUCUAAAGGGCAGGGGAAGAACACGUCACUCCAGUGUGGACCGUGAGUCUUCUGAGCCUGAGCGCCACCGGUCCUUUUAAGAUUUGGAGCACUGUUGGAAGAGAUGAUGAUGAGUGUCCUGAACGUCUUGGUGCUGCUGGCCUUGCUUGGCCUGGGAACAGGGGAAGAAGGAGCUCGACUGCUGGCUUCCAAGUCCCUGUUGAACCGCUAUGCUGUGGAGGGCCGCGACCUCACGUUACAGUAUAACAUCUACAAUGUCGGCACCAGCGCUGCCCUGGAAGUUGAGCUGUCGGAUGAUUCCUUCCCCCCUGAAGACUUCGGGAUCGUUUCAGGCAUGCUAAAUGUCAAAUGGGACCGAAUUGCACCAGCCAGCAAUGUUUCUCACACUGUGGUCCUGCGCCCUCUGAAGGCUGGUUACUUCAACUUCACCUCUGCAUCUGUCAGCUACCUGGCACAGGAGGGAGGACCUGUUGUGGAUGGCUACACCAGUGCCCCAGGACAGGGAGGCAUCUUGGCUCAGAGGGAGUUUGAUAGGCGCUUCUCUCCUCAUUAUCUAGACUGGGCUGCAUUCGGCGUCAUGACCCUCCCCUCCAUUGGCAUCCCCCUGCUCCUCUGGUACUCAAGCAAGAGGAAAUAUGACUCGGCAAAGGCCAAAAAGAAUUAACGAUUGACUAGGUAGAAGGAUAAUGGGUGGGGCUGGAACGUGUUUUUGCAAUGGACAAUGACUGGGACACAGAAUAUUUGGAUACCUUGCUUACCCAUAAUCAGGCCACAGAAGACAUUUAAACCAGUGUUAUCAAGAAGCAACAUUGCGGUGUAAUGGAAACAAGAUUUAAAAGCAUUUCGUUUUAUCAAAUGGGGACAAUGCCAAGAGUAGUAAUGUAGUGAAAAGCUUGUCUUUUUUAGCUAGCUCCUACAUCAUAGUAGUGAUGUAGUGAAAAGCUUGUCUUUGUUAGCUAGCUCCUACGUCAGAGUAGUGAUGUAGUGAAAAGCUUGUCUUUGUUAGCUAGCUCCUACAUCAGUGGAGUGACGUCAUCAAAACCAUCCACAUUGUAGUUGCUGUAUGCUACAAUUCUCCACUCAAGUGUACUACCUGCACAUCUGCUUAUACACAGUGCCGACAUGGAGCAUCCACGUGAGACAACAGCCAAAAUGCAGGAGUGACAUCAGUGGCUGCCUUCAUGGCAUUUAUCACUGUCAAUUUGAUUAACACUUCAAAGUUAAUUUCCCUUUUUUUGCUGGAAUGGAAAUUGUUUUGUUUCACUUGAAUUUUUGUAAGUAAAGCAAUUAAAGCAACUUUUAACAGUGA